AUGGCUGGCUACCAAGCCGUGAACAAUAUGGAGGCUCAAGCGUAUGGGCAGGAGCAAUCUUCACGUCGCGGACAAGCUGGAACACCACGAGAAAAAUCAGAACAAUGGAACCUCAAUGUCAACUACCAACCUCCGAUAAGAUCAGCUACAACAUUCAUCGUCCCACCCAGGCAACCACGAGUUCGAGAAUGGUGGCGCAGAAUCGGUCUCAUUGGUACCAUCAUCCUCGGCGUCGGCACUGCAGCCAUUCUACUUUCAGGUGCUCUCCUCAUCUUCCUCUACAAAGGCGCAGACAAAGCGAGAAAUCGCGAUCCCCGAUCUGAGUUUUGGGAUCUGAUUGUUUUCAACGAAUGGGCUACGCGACUUGUCACCAUUUGUUCUGCUAUUAUUCGUGUUUCUAUGGGAUUCCAGAUCGGGUUUGCAGCGGCAGCUAUGGCAGCGGUGAUACUCGAGACUUCAGGAAGUCGCUUUGUCGAUACAGCAAUGUUGUCGAUUCAGAGAGCGGCUAGUUCCAGCGCUGGUCCUGGAAGUAUGAUACCAACAGCCUGGCAGCACUUUUCGUCAGGUCGUGGCUCGGGAUUGCUGCAUCUGGUGAUUCUUGCAUCAGCCUUUGUUAUCGCCUUGGUCUCAACUUUGACCUCUACGAUUAUUCUUUUCGACUUUGGCCAAGAUCAGAUCUCUGCACCGAUGGAAACACGUGUCACAGCAGUUGGAUUCGACACCCAAGAAAUCUUUCCCUUCAAUGGUAUCUCGUAUUGGAAAUCAAGACCACUUGCACAUUGGCGAUUCGCAGAGGCUCGCCCGGCCAAGAUGGAUACCGAACUUCGAACAGAUCACGCGAUAGACACGGGAGACAUCUACCGAGCUAUGCUUCCAUUCGAUAACGCUACUGAAAGGACUAGUCUGGAGUUCUACGAAGGACCUGCUGUUGUUGUCAACCAACGCACAGCCUGUUUUGCACCAAAGUUUGAGAGGACAAUACUCAAAUACCAGCAAGGCGAUAGUGAAGUUACCAGUGGCUUGUAUCUCAAUGCUAGCUUUGCUGUUGAGAACCAAGCAGUAGACUUGCUUGGAAGCGCCCCGACCUCUCCCAAGAACAUAAUCUGCAGAGUUCACAACGAGUGGAACACCACCUUGGAUCACAAUACUCUGCCUAUCUCUUUGUGCAGUACCACCGCGGAUGCCGUUUCUACCAAGAACGGGACAAAGAAUCCUCUUUCUGGCUGGGCUUACAGCUUUAAUUCGGUACUGCUUGUUAACUCUGGCUCAUCCUUGAACGGAAUUGGGCCAACGUACGACGACACGACCGGAAAGCCUUCAAAGGUUGAGAUUCCAGAUAAUCUUCAGAACUUGACGUCUGUUCGCGAUGGGCCUUGGACAACGGUUCAUACAGCAGACGGACUGGAAGCGUUCAAUGCGACUGUCUGCUAUAUCAGCCAAAACCUACCUCAUCGAUACAAUGUCACCAUAUCUGGACGAGCUAUUGACGGUGAGCCCGAGUCUUUGUACGAGUGGUCCGAUAUAUCUACCCAGGGAAACGGUACUGGCAUCUUAAAACAGCUGGGUGUUGGAGUUUCUUCUGGAAGUACAAAGGAUCGAGACAUACUGGAUCUUGAAGUUCAUUCCGACCCAGAGCUGUGGGCUGAUCCCAAUGAUGAAGCCAGAGUUCGGACUGCAUACGGUCUACUGUGGACUACACUUGUGGAAUAUUCUCUGUUGGGAAGUUGGAGUUUUGCAGGAAGAAUCAUGACCAACAAUAUCCUGUCGCAAUUUAUCUGGCCAACCCAUCCGGAGCAUUCUGCUGUGGUUCAAAACAUCAUUCAAGAGACAGGCGAUCCUGCGCAAGCGAUGCAAGCACUUGUAUUCCGCUUCUAUCAAAUGCUUUACUACGACUGGCUUCCCAACUACAAGCCAACGCAUCAAGUCACGACCGUAAAUGCCAAAGACGUACUUAUUCCAGGGCAGUGGACUGGUCUUGUUGUCGUGUUGGUCAUUAUCAUUGUUCAUUUUAUCAUUACUGCUGCCACCAUGUAUCUUUUUGCACAGCGCACCACGUCUUCUCUCCUAGGCAAUGCUUGGCAGGCUGUGUCUCAAAUGGUGUCUCCAGAGACACACGAUGUUAUUCGAGCUGCGGGUGGUGAGGGGAUGAAGGAUAAGGAAGUGGCCCAAUUGGUAAAGGCAGCAGGUCGUAUUAAUGAGGCAUAUGUUGUAUCAAGCGGUGGGGAUAACGGAAGGACAGAGUUACGAGCACGCAGGUAG